CUACCCCCUACGCAUGCAACAGCCGAUAGCAUCCCUGCAUGACUCAUGCUCGUAUCGCCUCAUUUAUCCGUUAAGGAGCCUGUCCACUUCGACUUCUGCUCCAAAUUUAUGGUAAUCUAUCAAGGCAGAGGAUCGUCAACAUAACAAAGAGGCCGGACACCAUGAUCGUCCCCAGCAAGGUCGCGCUGACGCGUAACGUGAUCGGCUCUCUCCUCUCCCCCAAACUCCAAGCCCAGCCCUGCGGAAUCGACCUCACUCUUCGCAGAAUCUUGACCUGGAAAUCCGCCGGCACAGUAGAUUUCUCGAACGAGUUCCGCAAAAGCUCGAAGACUUCGCAACUCGACUUUUCUGGAUCGCCGAAACAAACCCAUCUCGACCCGGGGAACUAUCUCGUAGAGUUCAACGAAGAAGUCGAUGUUCCAUUAGAUGUCAUGGGACAGAUAUUCGUGAGGAGUUCGUUGUGGAGGAAUGGGGCGAAGAUUGAUGCGGGGGUGGUCGAUAGCGGGUACAAAGGCUCCCUCGGGGCUCUUCUCCAAGUCUUGAAUCCACAUGGAAUUACAUUGCAUGAGAAUGCACGUUUGGCGCAGAUUGUGUUCCAUGAGAUGAAGGGCGAGGUGGAAGAGGGAUAUAGUGGAGUUUACCAGAGAGCGAAGGGGCUGUGAGAUGAAUUAAGAGGUUUGGGGCGUCAAAAGCCGAUCUGUAAUCGUCGCUGCGCCUCAAUGAUUGAGGUGAGAGAUUCAAGCCGCCCAAGAGACUACCCAAGGGUCUUGCAGUAAGUCCUUCGCCGAAGCGCGGUCUUUCGACCGCCAUUGGAGGGUCUUUCUCAUGAAU